ACGCGAAACUUGGGAAAGGCGAUGCACCUGAUCUUGCCUUUGGACCUGUUGUUAUAAGAAUAAACAAAUAUAUAUGCACACACAAAAAAAAGUGGCCCAAGCCUUAAGCCAUCGUCUCACCUUGAGCACCCAUAUACGUCGCCCCAAAAAUCCAAUCUCCGUCAAGGGAUCUUUGGCACGCUUCAAUUUUCUUCUUUCAUUGCAUAGUAUUUCAACUUGCACACCAAUUAGGUGCAUUUUCCACCAGUAUAAAAGCUAGAGUGAGUGAAGUAGGAUGAGCUAAACCAUGGAAGGAAACCCCAAGGGUAGUCAUGUCAAAGAAGAUGGAGAUCAAAAAGAUGUGCGAUACAGGGGAGUGAGAAGGCGCCCUUGGGGCAAAUUCGCAGCGGAGAUUCGUGACUCAACAAGACAAGGUGCCCGGUUGUGGCUCGGGACGUUUAACACGGCAGAGGAGGCUGCAAGGGCUUAUGAUCAAGCUGCCUUUUCAAUGAGGGGUAACAUGGCCAUACUAAACUUCCCUCAUGAACAUCCUCCUUCUCCCAAUCUUUACUCUCCUAAUUCUGCUUCCUCAUCAAACUUCCAAAAUGUGGAAAGGACGUCAACGAGUCGUGAGCAUGGUAAAGAGGUUUUUGAGUUCGAGUAUUUUGAUGAUAAGUUGUUGGAAGAACUUCUUGAUUUUGAAAACAAGACGAAGAACAAGUGAAAGAUUUUUCUUGUACUUGAUUUCAAAUUUUCCUUCAAUCCAAAACCGACGACAGCGAGACUAGCUAGGUAUAAGAAAUUAUGGUUAUGGGGCAUGGUAAUCCUUCUAUAAACUAGUGGAUCGGAUCGAUCUACCUGUGUUGUCAUAGUCUCCGGUUGUCUUAUUUCCUUCGAAUCUAUUCCUUUCUGUUUUUUGUUUUUUGUUUUUUUUUUUUUUUUUUUUUAAUUAAAGGAGUGUCGGUCUUGACUUGUUUGGAGGAUUGUGCCAGAACCAUUUGUGGUAAGAAAAGUUGCCAUGUCAGAUAUCAGCCUUCCGCUGUACUAUGUUAUAGAUAUUAGUUUAGUUAUAUAUGGUCCAGACUCCAAAUAAUUUUAUCUUUC